AUGGCCUCUUCUGCCCCUCCAGCGGCCAUUUCUUGGCGUAACGCCCAGAAGCUACGCAAGCUGCUUGUAAGAGACAUUGGGAAGCUCACGCCCGGCAAUGCUUCCGGCGUCGACAUUUCCAAGUUCGAAGCGAUAGACAGCAAUCUGGACAAGUUCCGCCUUGCCUGUGUAUCCACCAUCUUUCACGACCUCGAGUAUGCCCUCUCCCAGAACACCGAGGAGCAUCUCUGGUCCAUGCACACCUCGGUCAAUACCGAGUAUCGGCGCAUCCUGGGCCGCCUCAAGCAGUCCUCCCACGCGGUCGAGAAGCGCAAGGUCGAAAAGAUGUACCACAACUUCCUGCGCAUCGCCGCCAACUUCUACAAGGGCUACCUCCAGCGCAUGUGCGCGUACUACGACAUCCCCGAGCUCAAACGAGUCGCGCAAGGAAUGGAGCUCGACCAGAUGGGUGCCAAGGCCAACGUGACCCCGGUCUCGGAGGAGCUGCAGCGCAAGGUCUUGCACUCUUGCCAUCUGAAUCUCAUUCACCUUGGAGACCUGACUCGCUACCGGAUCCAGGCACGACACAAGAGCUCCGACUAUGAAGCGGCUUUGGUAUACUACGGCUUGGCUCACCAUAUCCAGCCCCAAUCCGGCUUCGCUUUUCACCAAACGGGCAUCAUUCAUCUUGAACAGGGGAACCAUCUUGAUAUUGUCUACAACUUCUACCGAGCCUUGGCCGUGCAAAGCCCCCACCCCAACGCUCAGCUCAACUUGGAGACUGAGUUCAAGACGGUGCUGGCCCCUAAUGGAUCGAGGACCCGACCCAACCCCUCCGUUCCGGAAGCUCACUUCACAAUGUGGUUUGUGAAGCUGCACGCCUACUUCUACAGAGGAGAAGUUUUCCAUCAGCAGGCCGAGUUGGAAGGCGAAGUGAUGCACCGGCUGGAGAUGGCUUGCCGAAAUCCCGCUUCUCUCGGCAUCCUCCUCAAGAUGGCAAUGGUCAACAUGCUCGCGCACAAUAUAGCGACAGCUCAGUCCACAGAGAAGCAGACGGAGACUUCCAUGCGGUUCUACCACUUCACGGUCCGCUUCAACGCCAUGUUUAUUUCCACAUUGUGCAAAGUGCUGGAAGCCGAGCUUCGAGAGGCCGUUUCCAGCGCCAAGGAUCUUGAUCAGGAGUCGGAUGCUACCGAGGCCGCCCGAGAACAGACAACCCCCGUUGUCGAAGCCCUCCUCCCCGUCUUGCGCGUGUAUAGCAUGUGGCUCGUGGCCCGCCGUGACGAGGUUUCCGCCCUGGCAGAUGCGUUUGGGGCGGCGAUUCCCGGAAUGAUUCAGAAUCUGGCCAAAGUCUUGAGCUUGCUCUGCGCCGAAUUCUACAACCUUGACAACUCAAAGUCUUGCCCCUAUCUGCUUCCGGAAGACAUCCUAAUCUAUGGGUUCCAGCCGCUUGACGAAAAACAGCUUCCCGAAUACUGUCGAGCCUACUGCGGCGACGACGGUGCCCGCAAGCCUUCCUCCCAGGCUCUCGAUGGUUGCCCCUCCCCAUCGACUGAGAGGACCGGAAGAAUCCUCGACAUUAUCCGUUGCGCUUAUUUCUUGGCUAACCAAGCCGCUUUCCCUCUGAUUUAUAAAGAUUCGCAAGUGGAGGGGACUCUUUUGGUUUUUGAGUACCAGCCCGCUGCUGAGCAGCCACAGGUUCGAUUCAGUGAAGCAGAGGAUAUCGCAAAUACCACUCCAUCAGUUGGCGCCUUGCCUGCUGCAAGCCAGGGAGAGACGACCCAGACCGUGCCGACCACCCAUGAGGGAGCAGCAGCGGAUGCGGCGCCGUACUCUGACGAAAGCCAGCGAGAGGCCAGUCGGCGCUUGCUGACCGUCUCUGACGAUGUCUAUGACGACUCCGAAGUGAUUGAUCGAGCUACUGAAACGGUGCUCGACAUGGUGGCGCCAUUCUUGCGACCUCCGACGCCCAUGGAGCUCGAUCGAUCGCCGAAACAAACACCAUCCGCAAACGAUGCGGCUGGCUCAUCGAGGCCCCAGCCGAGUCCUACUUCGUCCAUUGCGUCGCCCAGAUACGAGUCUCUCCCAUGGUCCUGGUUCGGCACCCCGAAUCCGCAUGCCACCCGAGAUUCAGCGCCGCCUGCGAGCCGAGACACGCCAAACAAUCACUAUCACGCAACGCCCUCUCCCAAUGCUUCUGCGGCGGAAAGCGGUCCUCUUGACGACCCCUUUGCCACGCCAGGCCGCGAUGUGUGGGAACGCAUCGCGCGGAGCGUGGUCAAUGGAGUCGGCAGCCCUGCAGGCACAGCUGCCCGAUCCCUUCAUCAGGAGCAGCUACUGCAGGCCUUGAAUGGGAGCGCGAGCACUCCGCGGACCUCGUCUUUCAGUCGCUGGGCGCAGAAUCCAGGCUCGCUGCCGCCCGGGUUGACCCUGCAAGAACUACAGAACUUUGGUGCGAUGCCGGUCUCAUCAGGCAACUCGGCGUUCUCACACCCAAGCAGCCUUUAUGAGGGUACUCCGCCCAGUGGCUUGCAGUAUCAUGCGCAGACUCCCGUGGAUGCCUUGGCCAUUCUCCGAAGCCGUCUCGUUCUGGAGGGCCGGGCAUACAAUGAUGUCUUCCAAAUCGACCAGACGACGUCAGACUACAACAAGGCCGUCAUGCGAUCGGCCUAUCAGGAUACCAGGUAG